AUGGCCUCCGACACUACCGCCUCAGAACCUCUCCUCGCUGCCUCCACCGACGCAGCUUCCUCUCCCAAGCCCGAGCUGAACCCCAAGACCACGCAUGUCGAAUUCAGCGGCGUGCCAGGCGCGCUCGGGAUCUCGAUCGGUCUCCCGAUCCUGAUCUACGUGCUGUACUAUGCAAUUGAGGGCCCGGAGAAGUUCGAGAGCCUCCGCAACGUGUUUGACGUCGAGGCGUUGGCGGCUUAUCUGGCCUGGUUCUUUGGGCUCGUGGUCUUGUUUUACAUCGUGCCUGGACCGGUGCUCGAGGGUACUGUGUUGCGGGAUGGCACUACGCUCAUGUACAAGAUGAAUGGCCUCAACUGCUACCUUGUUGUUAUCGCCGUGCUUAUCGCCCGCGGAUUCAUCACCCGCGGCGACCUUCCCGAAUUCGUCUUCAUCGCUGAGCACCUGCUCGGCCUCAUCACCGCCUCGAUCGGCUGCUCGUUCGUCCUCGCGUUCUUUGUCUACUUCAAGUCCUUCCAGAAACCAGGCAAGACCAUUCUCGCGUACGGCGGCAACACAGGCAAGCCGAUCUUUGACUGGUUCAUCGGCCGCGAACUGAACCCCCGGCUCGGGAUGUUUGACAUCAAGUUCUUUUGCGAGCUCCGGCCCGGUCUUUUCCUCUGGACCAUCAUCAACGCGGCCAUGGCGCACGCGCAGUGGAAACGCUUCGGCUACAUCUCCGACUCGAUGGUGCUCCUCAACCUGUUCCAAUUCAUCUACGUCGUCGACUCGGCCGUGCUCGAGCGCAAGAACCUCACGAUGAUCGACAUCACCACCGACGGCUUCGGGUUCAUGCUCGCGUUUGGCGAUCUCGCGCUCGUCCCGUUCACGUACACGCUCCAGACCAGGUUCCUGGCCAAGACCCCUGUGAACUUGGGCGUCUAUGGAACGCUCGGCGUGUUGGCUCUGAAGGUGCUGGGGUACUACAUCUUCCGGUCGUCAAACUCGCAGAAGAACGCGUUCAAGCAGAACCACCCCUCUGCUGCUCACCUAAAAUUCAUCAAGACCAAGACCGGAAGCAAGCUCCUGGCCGACGGCUGGUGGGGCACAGCCAGACACAUCAACUACUUUGGCGACUGGCUGAUGUCGAUCUCGUGGUGUCUUCCCACGGGCUUCCACACCCCCGUCACGUAUUUCUACUCGCUCUAUUUCGCCAUCCUGCUCAUCCACCGCGAGACCCGCGACGAGGCAAAGUGCAGCGAGAAGUAUGGCAAGGAUUGGAAGGAGUAUAAGAAGCAGGUGCGCUGGAAGAUUGUGCCGUUUGUGUAUUAG